AUUUCUAUCUUUUUAUCAUUCGAUUUUCUUCUUCUUCUUCUUCUAAAGAGAUUUUUCCCCAAGAAAGUUCGCUUUUUUUUCUCUGUUCUUUAGAUAAAAAUCUCUGCUUUUUUCUCCUUCUGUGGGUAUUAGCGUGAUGUCUUCGGAGAAUGAUUUCGCUGAGUUUUCUUCUAUGUUCGAGAGAAUGAUCCAAGGAGGAGGCGAUGGUCUCUCUCGAUUUUUGCCGGUGAUUGUAGCUUUAGCCGCCAGAGAAGACGAUGAUGACCAAGAAUCGACUAAUCAGACGACGAAUCCAAGGCUGGUGAUGUUCAGAUCGGGUUUUGGACUCGACGAUUUUAUCAGCGGCGGUGGAAAACAGGGGAGAUCGCCGGCGUCGAAAUCAGCGGUGGAGAACAUGCCACGUGUCGUGAUCGGAGAAGAUGAAGAGAAAGGAGGUUCUUGCGCGAUUUGCUUGGAGGAGUGGUCUAAAGGUGACGUGGCGGCGGAGAUGCCGUGUAAACACAAGUUUCACUCAAAGUGUGUGGAGGAGUGGUUAGGGAUGCACGCCACGUGUCCUAUGUGUAGGUAUGAGAUGCCUGUUGAAGAAGUGGAAGAAGAGAAGAAGGGUUGGGAUUUGGAUUGGUUUCUCCAUUAACUCCGGCGAGAGAAGAAACGCAGAAGACGGAGGAAGAAGAAGUUAAAGUGACUCGAACCCUCGUGAUGAAACAGAGGCUUAGGUUUAGGUUUGGUAGAAGAAAGUUUUGUAUAGUUUCGUUUUCGUUUUUUUUUUAAUCAGUUUCGAUUUUAAUAAAAUUUGUUACUGAAA